AUCCAGCAGUUGUCGCGAUCGGAAGCAAAUCGGAAAAUCUCCCUUGGAUUCCCAGAACACGCAGCCGAAAAAUUUGCUGGUUGUGUUGCCGCGACGUCGACGCCUUUCAAUUGGAUUCAGGGCUUAAUUUAUUGAAAUGUUGCCCUUUCGCUUGGGCCUGCUGCUACUUGGCGCCGUGCUGUUCGUGGCAAGCGCAAAUGGAGCUGCCAUCGAAAAUGAGGCUUCUGGUCUGAACGACUUGCAGCGGGAGAAGAGAAGCGGCAGAGGCUAUUCGAGGGGACAAACCCAGUCUCAGUACUUAAACUUCGGUAAGCCUGAGGAGGAUGGAAAGGCCGAGGCAGAGGCCACCGAAAAUGGAUCUCGCUCCACUGUCUCUGGCACCCAUGGAAUGGGUCAGGCUCAGAGCCAGUUCUCAUCAGGGGACUGCAAUGGAUGUUCUGGCUACCAAACGGACUACCCUUCUUCAGGCAGAAUUGUCGAUGCUAGUGGAUCCGGAGGCAUCGGUAGACCCGAUUCCAUUAUAAGCUUACCCGGAGGUGGAAUCGGUGGAGCGCGCCCUGGAUAUGGAACUCAAUCCGGUGUUGGGGGGCCAGCAGAAAGGCAACCGGGCUAUACAGGAAUUGGAGGGCAAGCUGGAAGCGUAUCCGGACAGCCGGGAUCAGAAAGUCAGUUGGGAGGUAAUCAACCAGCAGGCGGAGUCAGUCAACCUGGAGUGCAAGGUCAACCUGGUGUUGGUGGACAGACAGGAACCGGUCAAAUUGUAUACGGAAGCCAGCCUGGAUUAGGAGGUCAGACCGCUGCCGGGCAACCUGGUUAUGGUGCUCUUCCUGGAGUUGGCGGCCAGACCGGAGCUGGACAACCCGGAUACGGAAGCCAACCUGGUAUUGGCGGACAGACUGGAGCCGGACAGCCCGGUUAUGGAAGCCAACCUGGAGUUGGCGCUCAGGGCCAACCUGGAGUUGGAGCUCAGACCGGAGCCGGACAACCCGGAUACGGUGCCCAACCUGGUAUUGGCGGACAGACUGGAGCCGGACAGCCCGGAUACGGAAGCCAACCUGGUAUUGGUGGACAGACUGGAGCCGGACAGCCCGGAUACGGAAGCCAACCUGGAGUUGGAGGACAGACUGGAGCCGGACAGCCCGGAUACGGAAGCCAACCUGGUAUUGGUGGACAGACUGUAGCCGGACAGCCCGGAUAUGGAAGCCAACCUGGAGUUGGCGCUCAGACCGGAGCCGGACAACCCGGAUACGGAAGCCAGCCUGGUAUUGGUGGACAGACUGGAGCCGGACAGCCCGGAUACGGAAGCCAACCUGGAGUUGGCGGACAGACUGGAGCCGGACAGCCCGGAUAUGGAAGCCAGCCUGGAGUUGGAGCUCAGACUGGAGCCGGACAGCCCGGAUAUGGAAGCCAGCCUGGAGUUGGGGCUCAGACUGGAGCCGGACAACCCGGAUACGGAAGCCAGCCUGGUAUUGGUGGACAGACUGGAGUCGGACAGCCCGGAUACGGAAGCCAACCUGGAGUUGGCGGACAGACUGGAGCCGGACAGCCCGGAUAUGGAAGCCAACCUGGAGUUGGGGCUCAGACUGGAGGCGGACAACCCGGAUACGGAAGCCAACCUGGUAUUGGUGGACAGACUGGAGUCGGACAGCCCGGAUACGGAAGCCAACCUGGGAUUGGCGGACAGACUGGAGCCGGACAGCCCGGAUAUGGAAGCCAGCCUGGAGUUGGAGCUCAGACUGGAGCCGGACAGCCCGGAUAUGGAAGCCAGCCUGGAGUUGGGGCUCAGACUGGAGCCGGACAACCCGGAUACGGAAGCCAGCCUGGUAUUGGCGGACAGACCGGUGGCGGACAACCUGGAUACGGAAGCCAACCUGGUAUUGGCGGACAGACUGGAGCUGGACUGCCGGGAUAUGGAAGCCAACCUGGAAUUGGCGCUCAGACCGGAGCCGGACAACCCGGAUACGGAAGCCAACCUGGUAUUGGUGGACAGACUGGAGCCGGACAGCCCGGAUACGGAAGCCAACCUGGAGUUGGCGGACAGACUGGAGCCGGACAGCCCGGAUAUGGUAGCCAACCUGGUAUUGGCUCUCAGACCGGAGCUGGACAACCCGGCGGUACCCAACCUGGAAUUGGCGGACAGACUGGAGCCGGAUAUGGAAGCCAACCUGGAGUUGGAGCUCAGACCGGGGUCAGUGGAGGGCAACCUGGUUACGGAGGCGGACAUACAGGUCAACCCGGGUACCUAAGCCAACCAGGGGUUGCAGGAUCGCCUGGAUACGGAAAUCAGCCAGGAACUGGUGUGCAAACAGGUCCCAGUGUAGUGUUACCAGGUUACGGAGGUCAACAACCCGGAUAUGGAACCCAGCCUGGAAUUGGAGGACAGACCGGAGCCGGACAACCUGGAUACGGAGUACAACCUGGUGUUGGUGGACAGACUGGAGCCGGACAACCUGGAUAUGGAGCACAACCUGGUGUUGGUGGACAGACUGGAGCCGGACAACCGAUUGGAGGGAAAUUUGGAUACGCAACUCAACCAGGAAUUGGCGGUCAGACCGGAGCCGGACAACCGGGAUACAGUAGUCAGCCUGGAAGUGGCGGACAACCAGGAGCCGCACAACCUGGAUAUUGGGCUCAACCUGGAAUUAGCGGACCAUCCGGAUACGGAAGUCAACCUGGAAUUGGCGAUCAGACCGGUGUCGGACAACCCGGAUACGGUAGACAAACUGGAAUUACCGGACAGACGGGAGCCGGACAGCCAGGAUACGGCGGCCAGCCUGGAAUUAGUGGACAGGCCGGAGGUGGACAGCCAGGAUACGGAGGACAGGCUGCAAUAAGCGGAUUCCCUGGGUAUGGCUCUCAGCCAGGAAUUGGAGCACUAACCGCUGUCCCUGGUGGACAUUACGGAUACGAAACUCAGCCUGGAGUUGGUGGACAGACCGGAACCAACCAACCCGGGUACGGUGGUCAACCUGGUAUUGGCGGACAGACUGGGGCCGGACAGCCCGGAUACGGAAGCCAACCUGCUAUUGGCGGACAGACUGGAGCCGGCCAACCGGGAUAUGGAUUUAUAGCUCAGCCUGGUAUUGGAGGGCAAACUGGAACCAGUGGAAGGCAACCCGGUUACGGAACCCAACCAGGAAUUGGUGGACAGACUGGAGCUGGACAACCCGGAUACGGAAGCCAACCUGGUGCUGGCGGACAGACUGGAGCCGUACUGCCCGGAUAUGGAAGCCAACCUGGAGUUGGCGGACAGACCGGAGCCGGACAGCCCGGAUACGGAAGCCAGCCUGGCGGACAGACUGGAGGAGGACAGCCCGGAUAUGGAAACCAACAUGGAGUUGGCGGACAGACCGCAGCCGGACAACCCGGAUACGGUGCCCAACCAGGUUUUGGAGGACAAUCCGGAUACGGAAACCAACCUGGUAUUGGCAGACAUAUUGGAGCCGGACAGCCCGGAUAUGGAAGCCAACCUGGUGUUGGCGGACAGACUGGAGCCGGACAGCCCGGAUAUGGAAGCCAACCUGGUGUUGGCGGACAGACUGGAGCCGGACAACAAGGAUACGGUGUCAUACCAGGUUUUGGAGGACAACCCGGAGCCGUACAACCCGGAUACGGGAGCCAACCUGGAAUUGGCGGAAAGACCGCCGCUGGAAAGCCCGGAUACGGUGGUCAACCUGGAAUUGGUGGAUCGCCUGGGUAUGGAACACAGCCAGGAACUGGAGGUCAAGCAGGAAUUAGCGGUGGCCAACCCGGGUACGGAACUCAACCUGGAGUUAGUGGACAAACCGGAGCCGGGCAACCCGGAUACGGAAGCUUACCUGGAACAGGUGGUCAGGCCACGGCUGGCCAACCCGGAUACGGAACCGGAUCUCAACCCGGAAUUGGCGGACAGACAGUAGGUGGACAAGGUGGUUACGGUAGCCAACCCGGAAUCGGUGGAGCGCCAGUUUAUGGAACACAGCCAGGAGGUGGCGGCCAAACUGGAGUUAUUGGAGGGCAGCCCGGACAGAUCGGAGACAGAGUAGGACAACCAGGAUACGGAACUCAGACAGGACAAAUUGGGGCACCAGGUCGAUAUACAGAUGGAAGUCAAACUGUACCUGGUGCUGUUGGCACCGGUGGAGUUGGUGCUGGCGGUACCAGCGGAGCUGACGAUGCCUUCUCCCAAGCCGAGUCCUCAAUUGGCGACGGACAAGCCUCGGCAAGUGCUCAGGGCAAGAAGAAUGGAGGCACGGCCAAGACUCAGGUGUCGGGAACUUACAGCUCCGGCGGAACCUUUAGCGCCAGUGCAAUGACGUCCGAUGCUGAUCGUGCGGCCAGUGCCCAGGUUACCGGAAAUGCUGAUGGAGCCGUAAGUCAGUCGCAGGGAUCAGGAGGUCCUGCCCAGUCGCAGGCCCAGGUACAGGUGGCCAAGGACGGCGGCACCAAGGCCUCGUCGCAGAGCGGCGGCAUCAUCCAACAGAGCCAGAGCGAAGUGCACGCCAAUGACAAGGGCGGCCUGGCGGACGCCCAGUCGAGCGGACCCGGACAAACCUCCUCCCAGGCCCAGAUCGGCUUCCGACCUGGCCAGGAGGCCAAUCCGCCAGCAGCUAAUGGUGGCGGCCAGGCAUCGUCCUCAUCUGGCACUCACUCUAGUCAGAGUAGCUCGCAGAUUCACGGAACAUCCAGCUUUGGUGUUUCUUACCAUGGUGCUGCACAAUCCGCGUCGGGAACCAAGGAGCAGGUGGCUACUUACAGGGAAGCCAACAGGGAACUCUUCAACACCAUCAGUCAGUUUGGCAACAACGGGAAUGCUGUUACUGAUCGCGCUGAUGCUGUCUACAGUGGCCCCGCGCUUACCGAUGAGUCCGACAGAGUGCCAGAGGCGCAACUGAAGUCCACCAAGCCCAAGGAGGAAGCGGAGCAGGUAGUGAGCAAGCCAGACCAGCCGGAGGCCGUUCAGUACGAUGAUGAAGAUGAGGCCGAACCUGAUGAAUACGAUGAUGAUGAGUACUACAACGAGAAGCCAGUGAAGCUAGAGGAAACCCCAAAGUCGGCCAGCAUAGUGGCGCCAACCGAAGCAACACCUAAGCCCAAGACCUACGACCAGUCGUCACCCACGCAAAGCCAACAGACAGUCGUGGUGCCGGUGCCGGGUGAAAAAUAUCAGGUGGUGCAAAAGCAGAACGGUAAGGCCACCAUCAAUGCUGAGCCCUCGACCACCGAGGCCAUACCACCGGGAUUCCGAGGAACCGUGAAUGUGGAAAAGAAGUUCCACACCAAGGCCCUGGAGCUGCACGCUCCCAAGGGAGUGGAGAUCACACCCGACACCAGCGACGAGGGUCCAGUCCGGGGUGACAAGCCCCUGCGGCGUGCUCCUGAUAGCUACGUGACCGUCACCAAGUCAGUGACCGGCAGCAUGGACAACACAAAGAACCCACCGCAGGAGAACAAGAACUUCCAGUCCACCUAUUACACCAAGUCCUCGACCUGCGGCUACUUCACCUUCUCCUGCAACAUUGUCUACGGCGCCAAUGGAAGGAGCAAGAUCUGCCGUCCCAAGGCGCCCACCAAUGGAAAAUGCUAGGGAUAGCCUAAUACACAUCCCAACCCACCCAUAUUAUAGUAGAUCAGUUCCAAAGGGGCUCAAUUUUAGAACAGCUCAACCAACUGCCAUCUACAAACCACCCAGUUGUAUUUUGAUGCAGCUUGCUCUUGAGCACUUAAGUGUUUUUUCGCAUAUAAUUAAACGGUUUCACUGCCAAUUCUUGAAUAUUUCGUACGAUUUGCAACUGUAAUUAAUAUUUAAUAACAAAACACAAUAUGAAAAAGA